CUGCCCUAAACACACCGUCGCACCCUUCACAUUUUUGUGCUGCUUUCUGUUGGUGUGUCACGCUGAAUACAAAGUAAAACAUGGACGGUAGAGGGACGAUAGAUGGCGCUAAAGCUCGUGGUCGGUGUAGCUGACACACUCAGCCCGGGCCCGGGGAGAGCGGCAGCAACGACCCCUGGCUGUCUGACUGACUGCGGGUAGCGCUUGCAUUACACUCCGUACAACAACAACAUCCUCGGCAAGGUGUCUGAUGCUGAGCUCUCCGUCCUUCAGCCUCUCUCUUCGGCCGCCUGAAGAGAGGCUUCCCUGACUGCGGUCAUUGGUCCUCACUGCAGAAGCCAAUGGAUCAUGGUCUGUUUGAGAUGGAGGGCAACGCGAUGUCACAAGUUCACGUUGACGGCUUUGAUCUCUGUGACAACUUGUCAAACUCGGAGGCCCUCACCGCCCAAACGCAAAACCUCAAUGAGACGCUGGCACAAACGCUCCCUCUUCCCCAAAUCGAUGAAGGAGGAACAUGCAGCCUCGUCCAGAAACACUCUCUGGACAACAAUGAGAAGGCGGAGGAAACGGGGGUAGGGGGAUACUCACUAGGAAGCAGAGACGUGGACGAGGAGGAAGAUGUGGAUGAAGUGAUGAAGGAAGAAGAGGAGGAGGAAUCUGAGGCGUCAAGUUCUUUGAUAUGCUGCCAAUCUCCAGACAAUUUGAUGACUGAUUCCUCUUAUUCGGAGACAGGCAGUCUGUUGGAAACCCCAUUUCCCUUCAGUCCCGGGACUAGUCCAGAACCUGCAUCCCCUGUCAUCCCAGUCAUCAGUCCAGAAACUUUACAUCCCAUUAAUUCACUGGAACUGAGUCAAAGUGGAGAGGAAGUCGUUUCCUGUUCCACCAGCUCUGGGUUGGACUCAGCCGUAGGAGAGUCGGCCAUCUGCAGUCAAGCGGCUACAUUUUCCACAGAGUCGGUGGGUUUAACCUCAGACACUCAGCUUGACGGCUCUUCUGGGACCAGAUGCAACACAGUCGCCUUUGAUGCAACAUUAAAAGACUCCUGUCCAGAACAGCUUACCUCUUCCAAGGAUCCCGUCUCCAACUGUGGGCCUGCUUUGACUGGAGUGACCAGCAGCUCAAGUACUGGACCGGUCACCAACAGAGAGCCCUAUGCCUUCACCACAGGGAGUCAUACCACAGCCAUGUCCUCAAAUCAGGAACAGUUUACCUCCAGUCCACUCGCUGAUUAUUCUUCAGUCUCGACCUCGUCAACAGGGUCUGCUUUAAGCCCAACUCUCCUGGCGUCUCUGGAACAGAUGGCAGAAAGAGAUGAUGAUGCCCACCUUCCUCAGUACCUUCACCAGAUCGCUGAGGCCUUCGUCCUUCAGAAAGACUACCAGCGAGGGUUGUUGUUUAUCCAACUAGAGCAACUUUACCACCAGAGAGUGUUGGAAAACCUCAAUGCACUUCAACAGCAGUGGGGGAGUCACUGUGGAGAAGCGUCCCCUGAGCUGGCAGCCACACACCUGGACUCUCUGAAACACAUCUGCCAGACACACUGCAGACCGAGGACACGAGAUGCUGAGGUUGCUCUUUUGGACAAUUUGAGCCUUCAGUUUGGCAGAGGGGUUUCCCGCCCUUCAUGUAUCUCCACCCAUCAGGUUAAAGGAGGGAUGGAGCAGAGAGACGAGGAUUCGUCCUGUCCUCCUGCGCUUUCCGACAAUUUGAUUAAAAGGCUCAGUUCACCUGAAACGGACCGGAAAUCCCCGAAUGGAAACUCACAGAGGACGUCUUAUGGUUCCGAUCAGAUUCGAAGGCAAGCUGACUGCAGAGAGGCGGAGGGAGGGGGAGAGCGCGCCGCUUCGGCUCGGGGAAACGGGCUGCACCCCUCCACAGCUGAAGGAAUGGAUCGCUCCAGCCCCGCAGAGCAGCUGGAGGAAGAUUUAGGUCCGGCUCGGGAAGCAGAGGCGAAGGAGGAGGAAGAGGAGGAGGAGGAGGACGGGAGUGUGGUGGAGGAGGCAGCAGAGGCUCUGGAGAUGGAAGACGAGGGGAUGGAAGACGAGGGGACGGAGGACGACGGCGAGGAGAAGCAGAGCGAGCCGGACGCUCGUUUGAGUCAGGAAGCUCCCACAGUGGAGACUCUGGUCAGUGGGGCAGAUCUGCAGCUGCACAGCGAGAAGCUACACCUUUACCAGGACACUCAGGAGGACUCUGAGGCGCUCCUUUCCCAGGAGGCCAAUCUGGAGCAGCAAGAACAAUAUCCAGAGGAGAGGGAGGAAGAGGAAGACUACGACUUCAUCAGGAGGGCUCCUUCCCUGGACGAAAUGGCGAAGCUCAUCACGGUGGAGAUGUCCCCCGCCGCUGGACUUGUCUCCAUCUUGAAGAAGCAAAGUGUGUAUGUGGACAGCCUGACUACGUCUGCUGACCCAGAACCCACACCGGAGAAACCCACCGCCAAGCGACGCGUCCGCUUCAAAGUUCCCGAUGAUACCUAUGACCAUGAAGUUGGCGGCGGAGACUCCUGUCUGCUGCUCUUCCUCCUCUGUCUGGUUACCGUCGUCAUCAGUGUCGGCGGCACCGCCCUCUACUGCGCUCUGGGGGACGCCCAGUCCUCCGUCUGCCAGGACUUCUCCAGAAACGCAGACUUUUACUUCGGCCAGAUCCGUCGGGGGAUAACCCGGCUGCAGCACUGGUAUUCCUCCGGGUUGUAGCAGAAAUCCUCUGACGGGUGUUGAGGUAACGUUCCUCGUGAAGAGCUUACUGCCAUUUAUUGAGUCGUCUCCUUCGGAUGCAUUUGGUGUUUUCAAACGCCCAAUGUCGACGCUCUGCGAACUCAAUUCCAGUGCACUUUUUAAAACCAUGUUUCAGAUGCCCGGUCACGGAGAAAUCUGAAGAAAAACUAAAAUACUUAACUUGUGACGUCUUAAUUUUUGUAAGACAGAAAAUCUGUCAGCUUUCUUACUUUUGUCCGUCAAAAUUAAACAAAGUCUUAUGUGCACAAAUGUUGCUGAGAGAAGUUUAAUACCUCAGCUUCAAACGAAUUUACUAACGGAUGCGUAAAACAAUGUCUGACUUAAUCUCAUUAAGUGUUUUGUAAUUGGUGCAACAAAAGGUGUUGCUUUUACUGUAGAUUUUUUUUAAAAAGACAGAAAAUGUAACUUGAGAGAUAAAACUUUGCAUCUGUCUGCUACUUUGAAUGAAAUCACUUUGUCCUAAGUGUAUCUUAAAAAUACAAAGGAAUGUUUGGAGCUUAAUUAUGAACUUUGCUUUGAGACAUCUUUAAAAAUCAUUGCGAAAUGUUAUUAUUUACCAUCCGUGAAUUGCUAAUGGCGUACAAUCAUGUUAUGUUUGUUCCACGUUGGUGAAACGAAAAACAAAAAAUGGUGUGAAAUAACUUAUUUUAACUUUUUCGUUGCGUUUGCAAUGAGCAGCUCCCUGUUGUUUUAACUCUCUGUGAGUUUCACUGAGCAGGAUCUGGUUUCGUGUAGCAUAUUUAAAACGUAGAGAAAACGGUGCACAUCUAUCAAAUGAUUGUUUAUCAUGUUGCACAUGAGAACGGUACUUUUUAAGAAAAAUAUUUUUGAAGAUUUUGCAAUAUUUCUACAGGCAUUUCUUCCUGUUAGGAGUUGACAUCGUCAGACAGCCGUUUGUUUGCACAGACCACUUCAACAGAAAACUCAUGAACUACUUAAGUGUUUGUGUCAAAAUAUGAAAUGUUUUAUCGAUGAGAAACAAACAAAAAAUAUUGUUAAUGUUAUUUACUUGGUGUAAAUAAUCAAUGCAGGACCACAUGAAGCUCUAUCUGCCUGUGUGUUUGUUCUUUCAGGGAAUUCUGGGAAUUAAUCUGCUAAAACAUCCGGUUUGUUCUGGUAGAUUUUCCCAAAAAUAAUUUUAGGAAAUCAGAAUGACUUUCCACCACUUGGUCUUCCAUAUAUAACACAGAUUUUGUUCUUUAUUUAUUGUCUUUGUAAACCUUGGUUUUGUCUCAUUGAGGUGAUUACGUAGUCUAAAAACCUCUUUCGAUUCGAUUCUAAGGCGUAAAUUCGUUUUUGCAAUGAAUUGCAUUUCUUUCUUUGGUUUAGUGGAGGAUAAAUUAAUAAAAAAAUACCCGUGGAAAUCCUCAAAUAUCAGACGUGUGGACAAACAACUGUAAAAGAAGGAAUAUAAAUAUUUCUCUAAUCUUUACUUAAAGGGCUCAUAUCGUCUAUUACUUAACUUUUGUUUUCAGGGUCAUUUCCAAGUUUAAAACAAAUUCAGUGAAGUUUAUUCAAAAAUUUUACUCAAGUAGAGAUACUUCAUUCUGAAAUUACUCAAGUAAAAGUAAAGAGUACAGCAGAGUAAAAAUACUCUUUAACAUACUUUUUUCCUAAAAAAAGUUACUUAUGUAAAUGUAAGUAGUUUCUACCAACGUUAGUGACUUUACAUCAUCAUCCAUAUUUGGUGACGCCUUCCUGUUUUAGGCUCUUGUUGUUUUAAAUUUAUUUGCCCGCUUUGAAAAGCCACGGAAAGGCCAAAUUGAAUUUAUAUUCUUUAAAUCUAUUUUCAGUCUCUAAACUAUGAUGACAUUUUCCCUUUAAGAACAAAACAGUGUUAUGUUUGUCUCCGUAAAGCCUGAUCAUUUGUUUAACGAGGAUUUCACGAGUUGUUGAUGCAUUGAUGUUUUCAUUUGCACAUGUCAGCUGCUGGUUCAGAUGACAAUCACAAAAACACGACUUUUAUUUAACCUUUCAGAUGAUUUGUAAUUAUUUAUGAUACAAGGGAAAUAGUUUUAAAUGGUUUUAAAAAGGCAGACCCAUCCUGUGGUUAGGGUUUGAGCUGGCCUAGUUUGUUUUAUAUUUUUGUGUUUUUGGCUGAUUUGUUUCUUCUGUCCUAUUUUUCCUUACAUAUGUUUGAUUUAAACCCUGUGAGUUUCUACCAAUGCUGUCUUUAUCAUCUGCAUGGAAAUUGUUAAAUUAUUCAAGUGUUUUUGCUUCAUCUAAAAGUAUUGUACCUGUUUUUAUUUCUUUUUUUAAGUGCAUCACCGCUCUGACGAACAAUUUUCAUGCAUCAUUUUAUAAACUGACUUUUGUCCUGAGUUGUAAAUUUGGUUUUAUAAAACAAGUUUUCUUUAUCAUGUCUCAUUAAAAUCUGUUUUCUUUGGGA